AAAUGACGAAAACAUCUGCCGGUAGGUGGAUUUAAAUUAAAGUGUCAGUGAUAAGAUUAUACCACACCAAACAAGAAGUCAGAAACAAAGAAUCUUAGAUAGGGCAAUGUUGACACCAAAGUUUGAAUUAAAUCAAGAUGAUGAAUUUCUAAUUUUACACAUUAAAACACCUUUUGCCAAGAUCUCUGAAACAGAAAUAUAUUUUCAAGAUUAUGAUUUUAAAUUUUUCUCAAAACCUUAUUUUUUGAGACUAAAUCUUCCUGGAAAAGUAAUUGAAAAUGGAAGAGAAUCUGCACGAUAUGAUUGCGAUAAAGGAUCAUUUGUAAUACAUAUUCCAAAAUUGAAUCAUGGAGAAAAUUUUGAAGGAUUAAACUUGCUUACAAAAUUGCUUGCUCCAACAAAAUGCAUUUCAGCUGUUCCUUUAAUUGAAGUUUUAGAUAACAACAAAGAAUCAUCAGAAGCUAUUGAUGAAUUUUCUUGGGAAAUAGAUCAAGUUCCAUUUCAGAAUGAAGAAGAAACAGUGAUAACAACUAUCAAAUAUGGAUUUGCAAAUAAUUACAGUGCUGUUUUAAAUAGGUUAAAGGAAGAAAUUCCAGACUGUGUUGAUCUUUCUGAUCCUGAUGACAAACCUCCUUAUGUGAGAAAAAAAGAAAAAUUUGAAGCUGAAUUGAAACACUUUAAUGAAGACCAUUAUUUAGCUGAUCUGUAUGAAGAUGAAGCAAUAAAAGAACUUAUAAAAUUUGAAACAAAAUGGGAGAAAGAUUAUAAACGAUAUUCAUCUCAUUCAGUUAAAGAAUUUACAGAAGCAGAAAAAGAAAAAAUGCUGAAAUUACCAAAUAAAGAAUAUUUAUUAGAUGAAGAAACAAGACAUGCUCUUUAUCUUGGUUUAGUAGAUAUUUUGUUAGCAUUUGCAUAUAACGGAAGAACUACAGCGGGAGAAAAUACUGUGGAAUCAGCAUGGACAAUCUGCAAAUUGAGUGGGACAUUAUCAUGGCUUGUAACUUUCCAUUCUUUGAAUGAAGUGGCAAUAAAUUUUAUACGUCGAAGUCUCUGUUAUCCUUUAUACAGACACUGGGGACUAUCAUUAAAAGUGAUAAAAGAUGCUAGUAAAAUAUUAUAUUUAGGAAAAGAAUAUGUUUUAAAAUGUUUGUUGGAAAUACAUUCCCUUCUACAGAAAUACGAGUCAAGAUAUAUCAUCAAUGAUCUUUAUAUUAUGGACUACUGCAUAUGGAUACAGACUGUUAGCACAGAAACUUUGAUGUCAUUAUCAAAUGCCCUUUCUCGGGUCAGAAUAAAUAAGGAACAUGUAAAAUUAGAUUUGAUUGAAUUAGAAGCAGCUUCAGUAUUGGCUAUAAAAGAAAAUGAAAGUAAAAAUGAUAAUUUGACUUCCACUACAAAUUGCACAAAUACCAGAGAGUCAGAAGUGCCAAAUAAAGAUAUUGAGGAAAUAUGUGAUAAAAUUGAGGAAGUCAGUUUACAAUCAAAUACAAAUUUUAAAUUGUCUUCUCAAUGCAACUAUUCGAAUUCUAAUGAUUCGGAUUCAGAAAGUGAACUGGACUCUGAUAGUGAAAGUUCCAGUUCCAUAGCUACAUCAAUGACAGAUAGUGAUGAUUACUGCUCUUCAGAUUCAGAUUCAGAAGACAGUUCUGAUGAUAAUUUAGAUGAAAGAUGUUCUCUUUUAACUAAGCUGAGAAGUUAGAUAAAACUAUUUUUACAAUUAUAUUUUUUUAUAAUCUUAAAAAAGUUUUUUAAGUGUAAUAUAUUUAUUGAAUCAGAAAAUGUGAAUAUAUAUUUU